GCAGGGGUCACCAUGAGCAGUGAUGCCGAGAUGGCCCAGUAUGGGCCGGCCUCCAUCUAUCUGCGCAAACCUGAGAAGGAGCGCAUUGAGGCACAAAACCGGCCGUUUGAUGCCAAGACCGCCUGCUUUGUACCGGAUCCCAAGGAACUGUACAUCCGAGGUGUGGUCCAGAAGAAAGAAGGUGGCAAAGCCACAGUGAAGACGCAAGCAAAUGAGACUGUAACAGUCAACGAAGAAGAUUGCCACCCCAUGAAUCCUCCAAAGUACGACAAGAUCGAGGACAUGGCCAUGAUGACGCACCUCAAUGAGCCGUCUGUGCUGUUUAACCUCAAAGAUCGUUAUGCGGCGUGGAUGAUCUACACGUAUUCCGGACUCUUCUGCGUGACUGUGAAUCCGUACAAGUGGCUGCCGGUGUAUGACCCGGUAGUGGUGUCGGCCUACAGGGGCAAGAAGCGCAUGGAGGCUCCUCCUCACAUCUUUUCGGUGUCUGAUAACGCUUAUCAGAACAUGCUCACAGAUCGUGAAAACCAGUCCGUGCUGAUCACUGGAGAAUCUGGUGCAGGCAAGACUGUUAACACCAAGCGUGUCAUCCAGUACUUUGCGACAAUCGCAGUGUCUGGCGGCAGCGAUAAGAAGGAACAGACAUCUGGAAAGAUUCAGGGAACUCUGGAGGAUCAAAUCAUUUCAGCAAACCCUUUGCUGGAGGCAUUUGGGAACGCCAAGACUGUGAGGAAUGAUAACUCUUCACGUUUUGGUAAAUUCAUCAGAAUUCACUUUGGAACAACAGGGAAACUGUCUUCAGCUGAUAUUGAAACAUAUUUGCUGGAGAAGUCGAGAGUCACGUUCCAGUUGUCGGACGAAAGAAGCUACCACAUCUUCUACCAGAUAAUGACUGGACACAAAGCAGAGCUGAUUGAAAUGAUGCUCAUAAGUACAAACCCAUACGACUUCCCCAUGAUCAGUCAGGGGCAAAUCACGGUGGCCAGCAUUGACGACAAAGAAGAGCUCAUGGCAACAGAUACCGCCAUUGACACCCUGGGCUUUACCAAUGAAGAGAAAAUGUCCAUCUACAAAUUGACUGGUGCUGUGUUGCAUUAUGGAAACAUGAAGUUCAAGCAGAAGCAGCGAGAGGAACAGGCGGAGCCCGAUGGCACUGAGGUGGCCGACAAAGUGGCCUUCCUCAUGGGGCUGAAUUCCGCCGACCUGCUGAAAGGCCUCUGCUACCCCCGCGUCAAAGUGGGGAACGAGUAUGUCACCAAGGGCCAGACCGUGCCCCAGGUGGCCAAUUCAGUUGGCGCCCUGGCCAAGUCCGUCUAUGAGAAAAUGUUCUUCUGGAUGGUGAUACGCAUCAAUGAGAUGUUGGACACCAAGCAGCCACGGCAGUUCUUCAUUGGCGUGUUGGACAUUGCGGGAUUUGAAAUCUUUGACUACAACAGCAUGGAGCAGCUGUGCAUCAACUUCACCAACGAGAAGUUGCAGCAGUUCUUUAACCACCACAUGUUUGUGCUGGAGCAAGAAGAGUACAAGAAAGAAGGCAUCGACUGGGAGUUCAUCGACUUUGGCAUGGACCUGGCCGCCUGCAUUGAGCUCAUUGAAAAGCCGAUGGGCAUCUUCUCCAUCCUUGAAGAGGAGUGUAUGUUCCCCAAGGCAUCAGACACUUCCUUCAAGAACAAACUCUAUGACCAACAUCUUGGGAAAAAUAAUGCUUUCCAAAAGCCCAAAGUAGUCAAAGGCAAGCCAGAGGCUCACUUCUCCCUGGUUCACUACGCCGGAACUGUGGACUACAACAUUGGCGGCUGGCUGGAAAAGAACAAGGACCCGCUGAAUGAAUCUGUGGUGCAGCUCUACCAGAAGUCCCCUUUGAAACUGCUGUCUUUCCUCUAUGCCAGCUUUGGCGGGCCUGACGCAGAGUCUGGUGGUGACAAAGGUGGGAAAAAAGGGGGAAAGAAAAAGGGAGGCUCCUUCCAGACGGUGUCUGCAGUUUUCAGGGAAAAUCUCGGAAAACUGAUGACUAACUUGAGGAGCACCCACCCUCACUUUGUGCGUUGUCUGAUUCCCAAUGAGGUUAAAACACCAGGUAUCAUGGACAAUCCAUUGGUAAUCCAUCAGCUACGCUGCAACGGUGUGCUAGAGGGGAUCCGCAUCUGCACGAAGGGAUUUCCCAGCAGGAUUCUCUAUGCUGAUUUCAAGCAGAGAUAUCGCAUCUUGAACGCCAGCGCCAUUCCUGAGGGACAGUUCAUCGAUGGCAAGAAAGCUUCUGAGAAGCUUCUGGGUUCCAUCGACGUUGAUCACACUCAGUACCGCUUUGGCACUACCAAGGUCUUUUUCAAAGCUGGUCUACUGGGAACCCUGGAGGAGCUGCGAGAUGAAAAACUCGCGUCUCUCGUGACGCAGACGCAAGCUGUCUGUCGAGGUUAUCUCAUGAGGAAGGAAUAUAUCAACAUAAUUGCCCAAAAAGAUUGUGUGUGGAUUCUACAAUACAACCUGCGCUCCUUCAUGAAUGUCAAACACUGGCCAUGGAUGAAGCUUUUCUUCAAGAUAAAGCCUCUGCUCAAGAGCGCAGAGACAGAAAAGGAAAUGGCCACCAUGAAAGAAGAUUUCAUCAAAUGCAAGGAGGACCUGGUUAAAUCAGAGUCCAAAAGGAAGGAGCUGGAGGAGAAAAUGGUUUCUCUGCUGCAGGAGAAGAAUGACCUUCAACUUCAUGUGCAAUCUGACGCUGAGACCCUCUCUGACGCAGAAGAACGAUGCGAAGGUUUGAUCAAAAGCAAAAUCCAGCUGGAGGCCAAACUCAAAGAGGUGACAGAGAGGAUGGAGGAUGAGGAGGAAAUAAACUCAGAAUUAACCACCAAGAAGAGAAAACUUGAGGAUGAAUGUUCCGAGCUUAAGAAGGACAUUGAUGACCUUGAGAUCACUUUGGCUAAAGUGGAGAAAGAGAAACACGCCACUGAAAACAAGGUUAAAAAUCUGGUAGAGGAGCUGGCGGGCCUGGAAGAAAGCAUCAGCAAACUGAGCAAAGAGAAGAAGGCCCUUCAAGAAGCCCACCAGCAGACCAUGGACGACCUUCAAGCCGAGGAAGACAAAGUCAACUCGUUGACAAAGGCCAAGUCAAAGCUGGAGCAGCAAGUGGAUGACCUUGAAGGUACCCUUGAGCAAGAAAAGAAGACCCGCAUGGACCUGGAAAGGGCAAAGCGUAAGCUGGAGGGAGACUUAAAACUUACACAAGAAUCCCUGAUGGAUGUGGAAAAUGACAAACAGCAGUCUGAGGAGAGGCUGAAGAAGAAGGAGUUUGAAACCAACCAGCUGGUUAGCAAGAUUGCGGACGAGCAAACCAUCAACAACCAGCUCCAGAAGAAGCUGAAGGAGCUUCAUGCUCGAAUUGAAGAACUGGAGGAAGAAGUGGAAGCUGAGCGAUCCAUGAGGGCCAAGGUAGAGAAGCAGCGGUCCGACCUGUCCCGGGAGAUCGAGGAAGUCAGCGAGAGGCUGGAGGAGGCCGGAGGAGCCACUGCCUCUCAGAUUGAGAUGAAUAAGAAGCGUGAGGCUGAGUUCCUGAAAAUCAGGCGUGACCUAGAGGAGGCCACACUGCAUCACGAGGCCACAUCUGCCGCCUUGCGCAAGAAGCAUGCGGACAGCAUGGCUGAGCUUGGAGAGCAGAUCGACAACCUGCAGAGAAUCAAGCAGAAACUUGAGAAGGAGAAAAGUGAGCUUAAGAUGGAGAUAGAUGAUGUAGCCACCAACAUGGAAUCUGUGGCAAAAACCAAGGUCAACCUCGAAAAGACUUGCCGCUCUCUGGAGGACCAGCUAGUGGAGUUUAAGACUAAAAAUGAUGAAAACAGUCGGAACAUUGCAGAUCUCUCCAAUCAGAAGGCCCGUUUUCAACAUGAGAAUGCCGAGUUAUCCCGACAACUGGAAGAGCGAGAGAGCAUCGUAUCCCAGCUGACCAGAGCAAAGCAGGGUUUCACCUCACAAAUUGAUGAGCUCAAAAGACUCAUGGAGGAGGAAACAAAGGCCAAGAACGCUCUGGCACACAGCCUCCAAUCAUCUCGUCAUGACUGCGACCUCCUUCGCGAACAAUACGAAGAGGAGCAGGAAGCCAAGGCAGAGCUGCAGCGUGUUUUGUCCAAAGCUAACACCGAGGUUGCUCUUUGGAGAAACAAAUAUGAGACAGAUGCCAUCCAACGCACUGAAGAGCUGGAAGAGGCUAAGAAAAAGCUGGCCCAACGUCUCCAAGAGGCAGAGGAACAAAUUGAGGCUGUGAACUCAAAGUGUGCCUCGCUGGAGAAAACUAAACAGCGACUUCACAAUGAAAUGGAGGAUCUUAUGGUGGAUGUGGAAAGGUCCAACAGCGUAGCAGCCGCACUGGACAAGAAGCAAAGAAACUUUGACAAGAUUCUAGCAGAGUGGAAGCAGAAGUAUGAAGAGUCUCUGGCCGAGCUGGAAGGCGCUCAAAAGGAAUCACGAUCAUUGAGCACGGAGCUCUUCAAACUGAAGAACUCGUACGAGGAGGCCCUUGAUCACCUGGAGACAAUGAAGAGGGAAAACAAGAACCUGCAUCAGGAGAUCACGGAUCUGACCGAACAGCUCGGAGAAAGCGGGAAGACGAUCCAUGAAUUGGAGAAAUUCAGGAAGAAUGUUGAAACCGAAAAAUAUGACAUGCAAACUGCGCUGGAAGAAGCUGAGGCCUCCCUGGAACAAGAGGAAUCCAAGAUACUCUGUAUCCAAAUGGAGCUCAACCAAGUUAAAGCCGACGUAGACCGUAAAGUGGCGGAGAAAGACGAAGAGAUUGACCAGCUGAGGAAGAACAACCAACGAGUGAUAGAAUCCAUGCAGGCCACUCUGGACGCCGAGGUCCGGAGCAGAAAUGAUGCCCUGAGAGUUAAGAAGAAAAUGGACGGAGACCUGAAUGAGAUGGAGAUCCAACUGGGCCAUGCUAACAGACAGGCCGCUGAAGUGAUGAAACAGUUGAGGAACGUGCAAGCGCAACUAAAGGAAGCCCAAAUCCACUUGGACGACUCCCUUCGAAGUCACGACGACAUGAAGGAGCAAGUGGCCAUGAUGGAGCGCAGGACCGGCUUAAUGCAGGCUGAGAUCGAGGAGCUUCGAGCAGUCGUGGAGCAAACAGAGCGGAGUCGCAAAUUGGCGGAACAGGAACUUAUCGAUGCCAGCGAGCGUGCAGUACUUCUUCAUUCCCAGAACACCAGUCUCUUGAACACCAAGAAGAAGCUGGAGACGGAUGUUACCCAGCUUCACGUUGAAAUUGAGGAAGCAAGUCAGGAGGCCAGAAAUGCAGAGGAGAAGGCCAAGAAAGCCAUCACUGAUGCCGCCAUGAUGGCUGAGGAGUUAAGGAAGGAACAAGACACCAGUGCUCACCUGGAGAGGAUGAAGAAGAACCUGGAGGUGACGGUCAAAGACCUGCAGCACCGCCUGGAUGAGGCAGAGAACUUAGCCAUGAAAGGCGGAAAGAAACAGAUGCAGAAGCUGGAGGCCAGGGUUCGCGAGCUGGAGACCGAACUGGAAGCUGAGCAAAAGCGCUCGAGUGAGUCCAUCAAGGGAGUCCGCAAAUACGAGAGGAAGGUCAAAGAGCUAAGCUACCAGGUUGAUGAAGACAAGAAAACCAACAUCCGAUUGCAGGACCUGGUGGACAAGCUGCAGAUCAAAAUGAAAGCCUAUAAACGUCACGCUGAAGAAGCUGAGGAGCAGGCCAACAUGCACAUGGCCAGGUUCAGGAAGUCUCAGCAUGAGCUGGAAGAGGCCGAAGAACGAGCUGACGUGGCCGAAUCGCUUGCCAACAAGAUGCGAGCCAAGACCCGUGACAUCGGGCCAAAGGUAGCAGACAUGUUUGCUGCGUAUUAA